CCCUCUGGCCCGCAGGGACGCUACCGGCCAGGCUCGGGCCUCCGGAGGUCUCGUAACGGUCCUAACAGCUCGGGGCGGAUCCGCCUGACUUCGUCUUCCCGGACCUGCUGUCGCUCCCGCCUCCAAGGCUGCCCCUCCCCCGGAGUCCGCCUCCUCUUCCCCCUCUCCCGGCCCACCCCUUUGCCCCUUCUUCCUCUCGGGUCCCCACGCGCAUCCUGGCCGAGGAGUUCGUCGUGCCAGCCCCUUGGCUUUCUGUCCUCACGACCUCCUCAGCCUCUGGCCGAAGGCGCCGUGGGACUGCGGCUCUGCUGCCUGAGUGACGACCUGUCCUCCCCUCCGGGCGAUCGCCAGUCCGAGUGAAGGGUCGUUGCUCUGACCGAGGCUCUCCGAGGUGCCCUGUCGGUGUGUCCGUUUGCCUCUUCAGGAGAUGACACGUCAGGCUCUCCCCAAUGAAACCGCAUCAGCAGAUCGGGCUGUCUUCCCUUCCCUCGCCUCCUAUACCCCUUAGGCCAGCCCACGCAGGUGAGGCCCGGCAGCCAGGAACCUGGAACUGGCAGUUGGAGCCUGAGCUGUGGGCAAGGUCACUUCGACGGCAGUUGAAUGCCCAGCUCCUCCUGGUCUCGGAGGAGAGGAGGGUAGGUUUGUCUCCUGAUGAGGCAUCAUCUGAUGCCCUCGAGUCUCGGCACUCUGUACGUGUCCUGAACAGCAAAGAACAGCCUGGGGCCUGUCAGAGGAAACAGAGGCAGCUGCUGAAGCCAGUGACUGAGUCAGAGCAUCCCACAGUGCUGGAGCUCCUGAUAGCUGAGCUCCGAACUCUAUUCUCAGCUGUGCUACAGGAUGGUAGCCCUGCAGCUUGGCGCUACCUGCAUGCAGUAUUGGGUCUGCUGCCUCCGUAUCGUGAGUUGCUAGUUGGUCACCUUGAUUUACUGCCCUUCCUGGAGCAGCUGUACUGCUGGGCGCCCCGGGUCCAAUCCCAGCUCCAGCUGGACCUGCUAGAGGCCAUGGACCAGGCCUUUCCUCCAGACAACUCUUUGUUAGACAGUGCCUCCCACACUGACUGCCAUCCUCAGAAGCAGAGGUUCCAUCAUGGGCCCCCAUGCCCAGCCUGCCCUUUUGUGCAGGCCCGGUGGGGUGCACAGCAAGUGAAGGAGGAGUUGGUCACAUGGUUGCGACCAUUGACACUGCCCGAGCUACAGCGCUGCCUGGGCAUUGUUGGUGCUGAGAUGGCCCUAGAAGAGGCCUGGUGGUUGGAUGGCCUUAGUCUCCUUCCCUUGGCACUGGCGACAGACAUCCCUGUACAGUAUGAAAGCAGUGACACUGACAACAUUGAGAAGGAGCCUGGUGGAAGAAGAGACACUAGGUCUCAGUUUGACUCUGAAGUUCCUGGGGAGAAGGCCUUCCAAAGGAGAAGCACUGGCUUCUUACCUGAUAUUUCUUCCCUGGAUAGCCAGAUGGUGACCAUUCUGAAGACUGAGGGAUACCUGAAGAAGAUCCAUUUCCUCUAUCUCAACGUGGCUCCCAACCGGUACUUUAGGCCCUACGACCUGAUGGUGGUGCCGCCCAGCAAGGUGAAUCCCGAGCACUAUAUCUUCUCUCCCUUUGGAAUCCUGCAUGUACAUCCUGUGGAAGGUAGUGACACGAUGACACUGGGUACCUGGCACCGCCACUCUGUUCUCUGGCAGCAGCUCCAGUGCAUUCCAUUCUUUAAGUAUUGCCUCUUACGCAAGUCCUUGACCUGUUGGAAGAAGAAUGUGAGAUUGCAAAGGUUGCAUCGGCUCCAGACUUUCCUAGGAAAUCAUCUGCUCUUUGUUGCACCUCACUUUGGAGCUGGGCUACUCCAGAUUAGCAGGAUUCUGCAGGAGCUACGCUCUGUGUCCUGGCUACCCCAGGAACUGGAUCAGUGCUAUGAGCUGUUGGACCUGAAGAAGACUCUAGCCAAGGAGAAGCACAAGGCUGCGCGGCUGCUCCAUCGUUGCCUGAACCUCUGCACAUCCAUUCUUCAACUGAUUCACAAGGACACGUACCACAUGCAACAGGGCCUGCAGGAGCGAGUGCAAAACAGCAACAGGAUCAGGACAUGCCAAAGCUCCAUAUACCUUCAGAGGGUACAGCGCCAGCAGCUAGAGCAGAAGCUGAAGCAAGCAGAGGCCUGGUUGCUGCAGCUGGGAAAGCUUGCCCGCCUAGUUGACUACAUGAUUUGUCAGAGCCUUGUUUCUAUCUUGGAAGAGGAUAUAACCUCUUUUGUGGCCAACAUCUUACAAGCCCCAAGGCAGAAACCCUUCCUCUUAUCACAGCUGACCUUCGAUGAUUAUGGCCAGCUGUCUCAUGUGCCCUGUGUUGAAAAUAUGAUCCAGAUUCUAACAAGAGGCCUACAGUCUGUAAAGGCCUCUGCCCUGCAGGUAAUACAGUCUGCAGAUCUGAAGACCUCCUGGGAUUCCCUGUAUUCUGAAGAAGAUGAAGAAGAGGACUUGAACACAGAGUUCCCGAUGCCCAAGUUCCAGGGUCAGCCCAGCGACGCUGUGCGUAUCUUCUGCGGCCCAAAUGUAGGAUUGGUGUGGCCCUGGAAGUCUCACCCAAUUGCUGGUCUCCUGGAGGUCCGUGGGUACCGGCUGCGGGGUCAGUACUUGCCCCGCAAUUCUGAGCAGCUGCAGGAAGACCUGGACAACAGCUCUCAAAUCCGGCAGGCACUGACUAUACAGCAGGUGCUGAUGGAGGGCAUGCUGCGGGAAGUGCAGGAAUUCUGCAGGGAACAUCACUGGCUAACGACCAUUUAUGAAUUCCUGCAAUCCUGGGGGCCUCAGAAGUUGGAGGACAUGAGAGGCUGUCCCGUCAGGAACUAUGAGAGGCUGGUGAGCCUCCUGAAUGAUUGGCAGGCCCGUGUCUCCCAUAUGCCUAUCAAGUUGCUCACAAAAGGCAAGUUGCUGCUGCUGAGCUGCCACAAUGUACAGGUAGAGUUGGAAUCCAAGCUGGACAACAUGAAGAAGGACAUCCUUGCACAGGUGCAGAACGAGUGCAGGAUCCGCAGUCAGCAGCUCAUGACAGAGCUCACAGAUUUCACGCGGGUCUUCCAAACCAUCAACUCGGACAUUCAUGCCAUUGGGAAGUGCUCCCGGAAGUUGGAUGAGGCCAAUGAACAGUACGUGGAGCUGGAGAAGCGAAUGGAAUACAUACGGGCACUCCAUGAACUCAUCCGCAACCGCUUUAACCUCUUUAGUGCUGAGAAUGAGGCACUGGACAUCUCGGUGAGGGGGCAAUUCAGGGAGUCACUCAUCCCUCCCAGUCCCCCUCCCCCACAACCACAUCGACUGCAUUACCCUCUGCUUGCCCCACAGCUUCGGGAUGUAUGGGAGGCAUUUCAGUUUGAGAAGAGCCAGGCCUCAGAGUUAUUGCUCAGCAAGCAACACGCCAUCGUGCCUAAGCUGCGGCAGAUGAUAGCAGCAGCACUGGCAGAGCUGGAAGGCCUGCUUGAGAAAGCCCUGUCCGGUCCCUUCAUGGACCCCACGCAAGAGCAGAGAAGCACUGAGAGCCAGCUCAUCUCCAUGGAGCGUCAGUUCCAGAACACAGUCAGCCACCUCAGUGAACUGCAGCAUGCCUAUGCCACCUUCACGGGGGAUGAGAGUCCUGUGCCUUUGCCUAUUUGUGGGACCCGUCCUAUUGUGCAGCAGCAACGCAUCUGGCACCUGUACCGAGUCAUCUCUGAAAACAUCAGCGAGUGGAAGUGCAUGGCUUUUGCCAAGUUUAGUCUGGCUAUGGCCCAGGAGAAGACGGACGGCUGGCUGACAGAGGCAGCACGGAUGUGCAGGACCCUGGGGCUGCACAGCCCAGUGCUGCAACGCUGCAUGCGUAUGCUGGAGGAGUUUCGCAGCUACCUGCCCUUGCUCACCAAGCUGAGCAGCCUUCAGCUGCAUAACCUCAACUGCCAAUCCCUUCUGCGAGCCUUAGGGCUGAGCAGUCUCCACAACAUAGAACUCCUAACACUGGGCCAACUGCUCACUUGUCCGCUGCUGGAGUUUGCAGAUCGAAUCAACCAGGUCUGGCAGUACGAAAAUGACCGAAUUCACGCCCAAGAGACCCUACGGAAGCUACAGCAGUAUUGGGAAGUUCGCCAGCUGCGCCUGGUCAACUUCAUCCUGCAUGUCCCCUACGAGCCACCAAUCUCAGAGUGUUUCAAGAGGCAGAUGCUCCGCAGCCCCCAGUGGGAGGUAGUGGGCAAGGAUAGUGGCACCUUCAUCCUCUCAGACUACAGCAGCCUUCAGGAUUCCACCCAGGAAAGUCUUCAGGUGUUGUUCAAGAUCCUGGCCAUCCAAAAGUCAGGAGACUUAUACAAAACAUCUCUGGAGUGGGUGACCAUCAUGCAUGGCCUGAGUGCCCUGCUGGAGGUAUGGGUAACUUUCCAGCAGAAGUGGAUUUUUCUGAAUAAAGUUCUGCAUGAGAUGAAGAUCCAGUUUCCUAGUGCUGACCUGAACUCUCGUUUCAAGGCCAUAGAUGAUCAGUAUCGAACCCUGAUGCGCAUCUCUAUAGCUGACCCCAUGGUUCUGUCACUUAUAGUGCCCAGUGCCGAAAGGAGCCCUUACUUCCAAGGCCAGAAGCUGCAAGAACUGCUGCAAGCAGGAUCAGUGGAGCUGGAGGGUAUCAUCAUGGCUUUGGAGAAUGUGCUUUAUGGGGUGUGUGCUUACUUCCCCCGCCUCUUCUUCCUCAGUGACAGUGAGCUGGUAGCCCUGCUGGCUGCCCCGCUGGAGUCACGUGAGGUCCAGCUAUGGGUACAACGCUGCUUUCCUCACGUGCAUGCUGUGAGUUUCAAAUCCUGCUCAACUGAUGAGAAAAACAGGGAUGAUCAGGCAUCAAGCCCAAGCACACAGACUCAGGUGGAGGCACUUGCAGUGCUAGGGGUGGCUGGGGAGGUGGUGAAGCUGCAGGAGCCCCUUCCUCUGCAUCCAGAGCUCCCUAAGUGGCUGGCCUCUCUGGAGAAGUGUCUGCGCUUAGCAUUGGUGCACAUGCUGCAGAACUGUGUGGCUGCCUGCCUUGCCCAGGGGCCAUCCCUAGGUGAAGCCUUCAAGCAAAGCCAGUUGCCCCCACAACUAUAUGUCUACCACUGGCUGGAUUUAGUUGAGCUCUUCCCGUGGCAGUGUGUGCUGGUGGCAGAGGAGGUGGUGUGGCGGGCUGAGAUGGAGGAGACUCUGCUUAAGGGGGGAACCCCAGCCAUGGUCCCCAUGCAUACAGGCAAGCUUGAGGUACUGAUAUAUUUUGUACGGGCCCAGAGGGGCUCCCAGGGUGGGCAGCCCCUUCCUUCUGUUCGCCAGGCCAGCCUGGUCAGUGCCCUGCUGGUCAUGGCAAUGACUCACCGGGAUAUAGCACAGUUGCUGGAGCAGCACCAGGUCAGUGAUCUGACAGAUUUCCACUGGGUUCGCCAACUCAAGUAUCACCUGGGUUCACCUCACAUGAUCCCCCAAAGCCCCCUGCAGAGUCUCAAGGCUAUUGCAUCUACUGAGCCUUCUCUGUCACCAGCUGCAUGCUGGGUAGAUGUGCUGGGCCGGUCCUUCCUGUACAAUUAUGAGUACCUUGGUCCCAGACUGGGGCCUCUACCCAGCCUGCUGCCAGAGCAAACAGCCCUGGUGCUGCUAUUGGCCCUGGAGGAAGUGGCCUGUGGGACCCUCCUGGGCCCUGAUGGUGUGGGCAAGGUUGCUACAGUGGAGAACCUGGCACGGGCCCUGGGCCGCCAGCUGGUGGUGAUGCCCUGCUCACCUCAGAUAGAGGCCCAGUGCCUGAGCAACUACCUGAAUGGUGCCCUGCAGGGUGGUGCCUGGCUGCUGCUGGAUGCAGCUCAGCACCUGCCCUCUGGCUUGCUCUCUGCCUUGGGCCAGCGCCUGGCUGAAGUGCACCAUCUCUAUGCCCCACUGUAUCAGGAGGCUUCCCAGACCACCAGCACCAUAGACCCCACCCAGCCCCAGCUCCUUGGCAGUGGCUUCUUUGAGAAACAUCAAGUGUCUAUGCGCCUUGGCUAUGGCUGUCUCCUGACACUGCAUGCCCUGAGUCCUGCUGUGCCCGCCAACCUGCACUUGCUACUGCGGCCUGUGGCAUUGGCACUGCCUGAUCUCCAGCAAGUGGCAGAGCUGACCCUGCUAGGUGCAGGGAUGCGGGAUGCCUCCCGCAUGGCUACCCGCCUAUCCAAAUUCUUCUUCCUAGAGCGUGAGCUGGUGUCUGGGCCCCUGCCCUGCCGCUUGCCACUGCUCAAGCGGAUACUAGAAGACACAAUACAGACACUAAAUGAGACCAAGGGGGAACCCAAGACUCAGCAGCCCCGAAGCCAGGCUGCCAUUGAGGAGGCUGCCCUACUGCGUGCCCUGCUGCGCUCACCACUGUUCAGCAUCCUCAGUGGGCCCCGCCUGCACAACCUCCGAGAGCUGCUCUGUGGGCUUUUCCCUAGCGCCAGCCAAGUGCUGGCAGAGCCCAUGACCCACAGGCUGCCGAAGCCACUAAUGGUGGAGGAACUGAGGCAGGUAGGCCUGCAUCCCAACCCUGACAUUUUGGGGUCCCUGGAACAGCUGAGCCAGGCCCUAUGCCAGGCCUCAGGCAUUUUGCUCCUGGGCCCUGCAGGCAGUGGCAAGACCAGUUGUUGGCACAGCUUAUUUAAGAUCCAGAAUCGGCUGGCAGCCAUGGAGGCCACCUCAACUCAUGGCUACCAGCCUGUGGAAAUUACCCACCUGUACCCCAGUGUCCUCAGCCCCCAGGAGUUCCUGGGAUGGCUAGAGGGCCCCUGCUGGCACCAUGGUGUCUUCCCCAGGGUACUUCAUGCCGCCAGUCAGUGUAACAGCAUGGGGCCAAACGGGCAGAAGGAAGAAUCAGUGGGGAUCCAGCACUGGAUAAUAUGUGAUGGGGCCUCUAACGCCACUUGGUUAGACUCCAUCACUUGCCUCCUGAGUGAGCUCCCCCAGCUGAGUCUCCCCAAUGGACAGCAGAUAGCACGACCUUCAGGUACCUUUUUCUUGAUGGAGGUGGCAGAUGCAACAGGCAUGUCUCCCAGAGUGGUGGGCUGUUGUGCCCUAGUCUGGUGUGGUGGGGAGCAGACUUGGCAGUGCAUGCUUAGUGUCCUGAUGGCAUCCCUGCCCCGUGAGUACCACCUCCAGCAACAGACCGUCACUGAGCUCAACCGCCUGGCUGAAGUUCUGGUGCCUGCCACGUUCCGAUUCCUCGCCCGCCAGGGUGCCAGCUCUGUGCUGCAGGUACAUGGGCAGCGGGCUGUUUGCCCAGGUGUGGCAGAAGUCACCAGCCUGGCCCGCAUCUUGCGUGCUCUGCUUGACCCCCACCUGCAUCUAGAGGAGAAGAAGGCACGUGGCCCAGAGGACCUCAGCUUUAGCGAUCCUGUGUCCCAAAACAUCAGGUCUUCAAAAAGCAGCUCUCUGAACCAGUCCCAGGCUGACAGCAAUGACGUAUCGAAUAAGCACAGGGAACACUUGCUGGCUGUCAGCAGUUUUCUCUUUGCCCUGAUCUGGGGCUUUGGAGCCCACCUUCCCUCCAGGCUCUGGCCCCUCUUUGAUACCUUCAUGAGGGGUUCCAUCAGGUGCCUCUCCAACUACCCUGAGCUACCAUCCUCAGCCUUGGUGUUUGAUCUACAUGUAAGCCCUGAAGAUGGGACACUGGCCCCCUUCACUGGGCAAUUCCUGAGCAACCACAUGAAAGGGACUCUGGGCACCUUCCACCCUUCUACUCAGACUGAACGGCUCUUUUAUGUGGUGGACCUGCUUCUGUCAGCGGGACAGCCAGUGCUGCUGGCUGGAGAGGCAGCAACAGGGAAGUCAACCUUUGUGAAGGUGCUAGUGGAGCCAAGUCACCCUUACAUACACAGCGCCAUCCACCCUGCCUUCAGCUCCACCCACCUCCGUCUACUGCUGAGUAGAGGGGUCCAGGGCCAAGCCCAAGCCAGCCUGUGGUCUGGGGAUCACCAGGAUUCUAAAGGCUCCCUUCUCUUCCUGCUGGAGGAUCUGCACCUGGCCACUUCUGAUCCAGAGAAGAGCUGCCAGCCAGUGUUGGAGACUCUGCGCCAGGCCAUAGACGGCACUGUGUAUGCCCACAGCACCUUGGAACUGCAGACGCUGCAGCCUAUAGUCAACUUCCUUGCCACUGCCACAGUGCCAGGCUACUGUGAGCGUCCGCUGUGCCCACGCCUCUUUCGACUCUUCACAGUGCUGGCCCUGGAAAGCAUGACCCAGGCCACCCUGCUGAGCAGGCAUGUGCCUGGUAUCCGGACCUGGCUUGAGCACUUCCCUUCUGUGGAGCGCGAGAGUGUUCUGGCAACAGCCCUGGUCCGGGCCUCAGUGGAGGCCUGGGAGGCUGUGUGCAACUGCUUCAUGCCUUCACCCCUCUGCCCACACUACUGCUUUUCCCUGCACUCUGUGAGCCAGCUAUUGGGCAGCCUGCAGCUGCUGCCCACCAGAGUAGGCUCCCGAGGUUUUAUGGACUGUCCCAACCACCAGGAGCACUUGCGCCGGGUGUCAGGCUUGCGGGGCACUCGCCUGACCAUUAUGGUGACCGUGCGCAACAUCGUGCGUCUUUGGUUGCAUGAGGCACAGAGAACAUUUUGUGACCGGCUAGACAGCCCUAAGGAACGCUCGUACUGUGCCAGCCUGCUCUUAGAAGUAGCUCAGAGUGUCUUCUGCUGUGGGCCGGGGCCCCAACACCUGGGUAAGGACCUUGAGGAGGAUGAAGAAGAGGAGAAGGUACCUGAAGUGGAAUCUGAAGGGGAGCUGGCCCAGUGGGAGGACUCAAGCAAUAGCAACAGUGAGACAGAGGAGGAAGAGGACCUUUAUGGCCUUCAGAUCUUCAGAAGCUUAUAUCCCACUGAUCCAAGUCGAGCACCAUCCAUAAAGCCAGUAAGCAGGGAGACCAAAGAAAGCAUCAGUCACAAGAUAAGGCAGAGGGAAGACACAAGGGCUUCCAGCUAUCAGCUCCAAGGAAAGAAAUCAUCCAAGUCUUGGUGGCAUAAGGCACCCCAGAUGGACCAGAUCUCACCGCUGUUGCUACCAGUUUUACUACUCCGUCCCCAGGAAAAGCCCUCAGAUCUGGUCUUCAGUCUGGAGCUGAUACUGGGGUCUAACUCUGAGAGCCCCAACUUGUACCUGGAACGACAGUGGGAGAGCCUAGAGGAGCAGCUGGCCACCUCAGCUUCUCAGCUGAAGCUGAGCCCCGACCUUGCCCGAUGCCACUCCAUGGCCCAGCAUGUGGCCCGCCUGGUCCGGGUGCUGGCCAGGCCCCGGCAACAUGGCCUACUGCUCUCAGAGGCUCUGGGUACUGGGCGCCAUACUGCUAUCACUCUGGCUUCUGGCAUUUGUCAGGCCCGCCUCUUCCAUCUGCCCUCUGGGUCAGAGGAGGCCAUUAUCCAGUGCCUACGAGAUGCCUGCUGGCAUGCUGGCAUGUUAGGCCAACCAGUGGCCCUGCUGGUACCCAAGCACGUGGAUCUUAUAACCCUUCAUCGCCUGUUGGCCCUGGCAACCUCAGGCAGUUUCCCUGAUCAGUACACAGAGGCAGACCUGGGCAACAUUGAAGAACACCUCCCCAGGGAGAACACUGGUGCCAAACAGAACAUCAGAAAGGAAAUGGUGUUGCAGAGGUUCUACCAGCAAGUGUGCAGCCACCUGCACAUGUUCUUCCUGAUUGAAGAACAGGCCCACAAGCAGAGGCCCUCCACCCUUUUUCUGAGGCUCCUUCAACUGGCCACUGCCAACAUUGACCACUAUGAACCCUGGGAGGAAGCUGCCCUGGUCAAGAUGGCCCAGCACCACCUGGAGAAUGCUCAGAGUCUACCCCUUGAUGACGGUUCCUGGAAGUGCCCAGACCUCCAGGCUUCAAUUCCCAGUGUGGCCAAAGCCAUGGCUCGUAUCCACCUUUCGGCUGCCUACUACCACGAGCAACUGUGCCCUGUAUUGCCACUAGUCACCCCCAAGACCUUCCUAGACUUUCUGGACACCUUCCUAAUGUUGCAACAACAGAUGAUUCUGCAGAUGAAGAACAAGACUCAGCGGAUCCAGAAUGCUAUGGAGAAUCUGAGAAUGCUGACUGAGGAGCACAAUGCCCAUGCCAACCUGGUCUUAAGCUUGGAACAGAAGCUGAAAGACUCCUGCAAGAACCUCAGCAUGUUUCAGCAGCAGCUAGAGCAAAGCAAGCUCCAGCACAGGCGGCAGCUGACAGAGUGUCGGCAUCAGGAGAACCUCAUUCAGAACCUGGCUAAGCAGCGAGAUGCCCUGCAGGAUCAGCAUGAGGCAUUCCUGGAACAGAUGGGCAAAGCAUUUCUGGGGCCUCUGAGCCAGCUGCAAGUAGCUGACUUUGAGGAGAUACGGAGCUAUCGAGCACCACCAGAAUCUGUGGUCCAGGUGACUGAUGCACUGUGUGACCUCUUCCACCGUGAAACAGGCUGGGCCAGUGCUAAGCAGCUGUUAUGCACUGAGGAUUUUUAUCAGGAGCUGGUGUUCUUCCCCAAGGAGAAGAUGACAGACUCAGAGCUGACGAAGUUGCACCUAGCUUUGAAGGCUCCAGGUAUGAGCAAUGCAGCCCUGCAGGCAGUAAGCGCAUCUGCAGCAAGCCUGGUGACCUGGCUCUGGGCCGUUCUGCAUUACGGGCUGGCGCAGCGCCGGGGGCUGCCUACUGGCCUGCUGCUGCAGCAAGUGGAGGCAACACUGGCUCGGGAGCAGGCUCGCCUGGGCCACUACCAGUUUCAGGUCCAGGAGCUCCUGGAGCAGAUGUUGGCCCUGGCUAAGAAGGUGGAGGAUGCCCAAGCUUCCUAUAACUCUGCAGUGGAGGCCCUCAAUGGGGCACUGUGUGGCCACUAUCACAAAUGGCCCAUACAGGCUACAUUGCUCACGCCCAUGCACUCCUGGACUACACAGCUCCAGAAGUUGAAGGAGUACUGCAUUACUGUGUUUGGAGAUGCCCUCCUACGUUCAGCUGCCAUCAUCUACCUGGGUCCCUUCCCACCAGUGCGGCGCCAAGAGCUCCUGGACAAGUGGCUGGCUCUGUGUAGGGGCUUUCAGGAGGCCCUGGGCCCGGAUGAUGUGGCACAGGCACUGAAGCAGAAGCAAAAAUCUGUCAGCAUGCCGCCAAAGAAGCCCCUGCUGCCCACACGCUCUCCCUUUAGUAUUCUGUCCUUGAUGAGCUCUGAGUCCGAACAGCGCCAGUGGGACCGAGACCUGAAGCCCCAGGCAAAGUCAGCCCGCCUGGCAGGCCUGCUUCUGCGAAGCACCACCCACUACAGCAGGUGCCGUUGGCCUUUGCUGCUUGACCCCGGCAACCAGGCCCUCGUGUGGCUGAACCCACUGGCUCUAGAAGAGAACAGCUGCGUGGUGCCAGUGGGUAGAGGGAAGGGCCUCACAAGAAACCAAAACAGAGAGAGUAAAGAGGAGGACGGGAAAGAGGAAGAAGAUGACAGUGAAGAGAGUCAUAAGGCUAAGGACCAGACAAAAGAGCAGAAGGCAGAAGAAAGGGAAAACAAGGAGGAGGAGAACGUGCAAAAGCAAGAGCAAGAGGAGAAAAAAGAGCGAGAAGAGAAAGAGGAGACAGAGAGCCAGGGGUCAAAGCCAGCCUCUGAGACUCAGUCUCCACCUCUUCCCUGCCUUAGUGUGCUCUCAGGCGCCGACCUGGAGCUGGGUCCUCAGCUCUGGAGGGCAGCUGCUCGUGGCCUGCCCGUGCUACUGACCAACGUGGAGCUGGGCCUAGAGUGCCAAGAACUGCAAUGGUUGCUGCAGCGGGAGCAGCUGAGUCCACCCAAGGUGCAGCCUGGCUUCCAUCUCUAUCUGAGCACCACUCUGCCCCUCCAUGCCUUGGAAAAAGUGCUAGGUUGUGAACUGCUGAAGGCGCUGAAUGUGCUGUAUCUGGGCCUGAACAUGGAAAUAUUAGAAGAACAGAUGCUGCAUGAAAUAUUGUGCAGAGAGCGUCCUGAGCUUGAGACCCGCUGGCAGGACCUAAAGAUCAGAGCCCUGGAUGCUUGUGAAGCCAUGGAGGCUGCUGAGGAGCAGCUGCUGAUGAGGCUGCUGCUCCAGAAUCCGAAGUGUCAGAAACCAGCUAAGUUUCUGCGGAACAUGGUGAGGGCCCAGGCAGAGCUCUGUCAGCUGCGUGCUCAUUGCGAAGAGGUAGAAGAGCAGAAGCUACGGGAGAUGGUAUUAUGGGCACCUUAUCGGCAUGUGGCUUGGCAUGGAAUGGCCAUUGUAAAGGCCCUAAGCCACCUGCAGAAUUUGCUACCACUUUUCCGUAUGAGCCCAGAGAACUGGCUGGCAGCCACCAAGCAGGCUCUGGACGGGAUGAAGCCAUGUGAGAUUCAUCAUGGCGAGGACCUGGCCAGCCAUCUGCUGCAGCUGAGAACACACCUGACCCGCCAGCUGCUGGGCAGUGCCGUGGCCACACUGGGCCUGACACAACUACCCUUGGUGGGUGCCUUGGCUGCUUUGGCUUUGGUGCGAGUGACAAGGAAGGCAUCAGAGCUAGAGAGGUUGGCACUCUGGCCUGGAUUGGCAGCCUCUCCCAGCACGAGUCACAGCAAGGAAGUCCCGAGGGUGGCUCGACCUGCCUGGGUAGGGCCAAGAGCUUGGCAUGAAUGUCAGUUGUUAGAGCUGCUUCCCCCAUUUGUUGGGCUGUGUGCAUCCCUGGCAGGCCACUCCAGUGUUUGGCAGGCUUAUCUGUCACUGUCAUCCACAGUGCUGGGUCCUGCACCUGGGCCUGGUUCUGAGCCACUCAGCCUCCUCCAGAAGCUGAUCCUGUGGCGUGUGCUGCGACCUGAGUGCCUGGCAGCUGCCCUGGCAGACUUCACCACCAGCCUCCUGGGCCGGCCCCUGGAUGAAAACUUGGGUGCCCCCACCAUGCCGUUUAAACAUAGUCAGGCCACUCAGCCCAUGCUGAUCUUGUUGCCACCGCCUGGUCACCCCACAGCCACUUCGCAUCCCUUGACUGUCAUCCAGAAACUGGCUGCCAAGCAUGAGCAGGGGCAGAAGCAUCUGCAGGUGAUAGCCCUGGGCUCUGAAGCCUGGGACCCGGUCUCAGUUGUGGUCAGCACUCUAUGCCAGGCCAUGAACAAGGGGCACUGGCUGGUGCUGGAUAACUGUCAUCUGAUGUCUCACUGGCCAAAAGAGCUGCUACAGCCCUUGCUGGGACUGUUGGAUGGAGCCAAGGUGGUCUCGGACGCGGAAUUGGAACUGCUUUUAGCCCAACCUCAAAGCAGGAAUGUGGCCACAGUCCACAGAGAUUUUCGUCUUUGGCUUAUUGUGUCUGCAGAGUCUACUGCUUCCUUGCCAGCUGUGCUGACUCAGCACUCCAUGCCUGUCUUCUGGGACCAGUCCCUGGAGCUGGGCCACGUUUUGAUUGACAGCGUGGAGCUAGCCCAGCAAGGACUCUACAUGCAACCCCCAACCCAGACACUGCCUCUGCUCCUCCUACAUGGCCUUCUGCUACACCGGCAGCUCUACAGAAUGAGGCUGCAGGCACACAGGGGCCGCUGGAGUCAAGUGACCCUAACCCAGGUCCUUAAGAUCCAAGAUCAGCUGUGGGCCAGUGUCAGCAAUCCCAGUGCUGCCAUGCAGGAGCUGGCUGCUUCAGUUUUCUAUGGGGGUCCUGUGGGGGACACCCAGGACAGGAAAGCCCUGAUUAGCCUCACACAAGCCUGCCUGAGUCCCAGAAGCAGGAGUUGGGUCCAACCACACACACCGCAGUAUCUGCUGGCCACACUGAUGCCCAGCCCAGAGCUAGGGGAGCUGGAUGCAAUGGCAGAGUGCAAGGCCCAGAUACACCUACUGCCCACACCAUCUGAACCCCGGAUCUGUGGACUGAGUGAGGGCCCCCAGGUCUGGUUGUUGCGACGCAAGAGUCGCGCUCUCCUGAGAGCUCUGCGGCUGAGUGCACCGACAUGGGUUCCCGCGGCUAGCGGAAGCACCCGGCGCGCAGAAAGGCGACUGCGGCAACGCCUCGUGCAAGCCACGCGGAGGCUGGAGUCACUGCAGGUACUGCUGACCGACACUGCUCACCAAGAGUUCAGCGCCCCGUGGGCAGUGCUGGGCCCGAAUGCGCGGCGGCCUCUCGAGGGCUUCCUGGAGGUCGAGGCGCUGGAACUGAGCCAGUUGGCUGCCAUGAUACAACGGGACCUCAACUGCCUGUUGCAGCAGCUGAAGGGCGCACCCCCGUGCGCCUCCCAGCGUUGUGCCUCAGUGGCCCGCGCUCUGUGGACUGGCCGCCUACCGCAGCCUUGGCAAGCUCAUGCGCCCGCCGGUCCGCAGCCGCCCUGGCACUGGCUGCGGCAGCUGUCGCGUCGUGGGCAGCUGUUGGUUCGCUAUUUGGGCGUGGGCUCGGACACCGAUGUCCCAGAGCGCGUCUUCCACCUGUCCGCCUUUCGCCACCCGCGCCGCCUGCUGCUGGCACUGCGCUGGGAGGCUGCCCUUAACCAGAAUGUGUCCAGCUCGAAUUUUCCUGGUAGCCAAGGCUCCAGUUUCAGUCAGGUCCCGCAUAAACGUCAAGAGUUAAACAGCAGCCCUCUGCACCUCCAGGUGGAGAAUGGCCCAAACCCCUCGGUUCCAGAAAGGGGGCUGCUGCUGAUCGGGCUACAGCUCCUACACGCCGAGUGGGACCCCAUAGCUGGGGCCUUGCAAGACAGUCAUUCCAGCCAGCCCAGCCCUCUGCCUCCAGUCAGCGUCAGGACACAGGCCUCGGACGCCACAGACCUUCCACGCCCAGCCGGCCUGACUGUGUACUCCUGUCCUGUGUACAUGGCAGGGCCCCUUGGCACCACGAGACUGCAGAGCAGGAACAUCCUGAUGCACCUGCCCCUACCCACAAAGCUCAGCCCUGCCACCUGUGUCCAACGGAGAGUCCAUGUGUGCAGCCCACCCCUGCCCUGAGCCUCUCUACCAAAAUAAAGUUGUAGUUAUUCCAUGAAA